GAGCGUGCGGUUGCAUUGACCAACGGGGGGACGCGGUGUGACGGGGCGGUGCCGGGUGGACUGUCGGCGCUGUGUGUGUGGGCUGCUGGUUGAUCGGCCGGUUCCCCCCCCCCCCCCCCCACCCCCUUCCUCCACAGCUCCUGCCUCCCCCUCUCUUGGGUUAUAUGUUGGCUUACGAACCGCUGCAAACUGGAGAGCAAGCACGGGCAGCUUGAUGUGCAGUAUAAAGCGGCCACCCCGCAGAAGAAAAUGAAGAAGCGGAAGGAGUUGAACGCGCUCAUCGGUCUCACCGGCGACGGCAAGAAAAAGAAGCCGAAGAAAAGCUCCGGGCAUCAGCUGCUGCUGAGGACCGAGACCAUGGCCUCGGAUUCAGAAUCAUCUUCCGAUUUCGACGAGUUCGCCGAGCCGGCAUCCAGCUCCCUGUUCGCAAAGGGAGGCUACGUGAAAUGCUGCAGGAUUUGUUAUCCACUAUGUGCAUUUGUUAUGCUAGCUGCUUGUGUGGUAGCUUGUGUUGGUUUGGUCUGGAUGCAGGUUGCUCUCAAAGAAGAUCUGGAUGCACUGAAAGAAAAGUUUAGAACAUUGGAAUCUAGUCAAAAGGCCUCGUUUAGUGACAUUCCAAAGCUAAAUGAAGAUCUUCUUGCAGUACAGAAAGAUCUUAUCAAUUUAGACGCUGGAGACAAAGGAAUAAGCAAAAUAUGGACCAACAUCACGGAACUAAAUAAGCAAAUUAACCAACUGAAUUCAGCUGUUGCUCAUUUAAAAGCCAAUGUCAAGUCAGCAUCUGAUCUAAUCAAUCUUCCAGUCACUGUUGAAGAACUCCAGAAGAGUGUUGCCACAAUCGGGAGCACACUUACAAGUGUUCAGCAUGAUGUUGGUACUAUAAAAGCAGCCUUAGAAGAUCAGAAGAAAAAAGUGGAGACACUUCAGCAGAGUGAGGAAAUAUUGGACCUGCAAGAUGAAGUAAAUGAGUUGAACGCCACCCUUCUAUUUUACCACACGCAUAACGACCAAAAGCUGCAUCACAUUGAUUUAGUUGUUAGUCAUCUGAGCCAGAGAGUUACCUUGCUGGAAGGAAAUAUUUUAAUUGCUGAUGCUACUAAAAUCAAAAGCAUAAAUAGUACUAUGCAAAAUGACAACAUUCAAACGCCAAAUUUUAGGGAAAGGUUGAAGGUUAUGGUGAAUGCUCUUGCCAACAAAUCUGAUAAUCUAGGCAAUACAAGUGCAGUCAACAAUCAAGGUAACACAAGCUCAACUUCUACAGUGAAUCCCUUAGUUUCUCCAAGAUUCCCAGUAAAAGCAGUAGCUAAUAAAAACAGUAAAAGGAAUGUCAAAUUAAAACAUCUAUCAUUACCUGGUAUUAACACUUUAAAAGAUCUGCAGGACCUGUUCCAUAAAUCUACUGAUGGCCAACUUUCUUAUCAAGAUCUUUACAAUUUAUUCGGUACCCAAACCCCUGAUCUAGAAGAACUUCAACAGUUUGAUGCUAAUGAAGAUGGAAAAUUCUCCCAAACAGAACUCAUCAAUGCAAUUGGUUCAUAGGAAACUGAACAACACAUCUAUUUGGACUAGUGGAGUUUUUUUUAAUUUGAAGUGCUGACUUCUAAUUUGCUACAAUUGCACCUUUUUAAACAGUAUUUCAUUAUUGUGCAAAAUUUGCUUAGUACUUAGAAUAAAUAUUCCUAACAUUAGCUUUGGGCUUGCCCAAACAUUGUUUUAAUGAAACAGACCGCUUUUGAAUUGAGUUAUCCAAGUAAGGGUUGAAUCAUUCAGGAUAAAUUCUUUUUGUUUAAAAUUUUACUCUAGUCUUAAAAAAAAAAUAAACUGGCUUAAUAUACCAUUCAAAAUCAAACUACUGGCAGGUUCUUAAAACCUUGUAUAAAAUAGGUUUCCUUUGAUUUUGGUGAAGAUUAAAGUAAAUAAUUCAUAUUUUGAAUCUUCCAGUGGUGCUGAAGGGAGAAGGAAGUUUGCCAAUUUGAACUCUCCUCUCACAUUUUUCCACCCACUGCUGCUGCUGCCAACCCCACCCCCGACAUAUCUAUCCAGUAGUUUCAGAAAUCCCCAGUAUUUUAAAAUGGAAACAAAUCUUUUUAGUCAGCCUUGAGGACUAGAAUAAUUUUUGGCUGCUUAUCUUGAGAUUUUGCAUUUCCUGAUCUACAUGGCAUUGCCAACUUUGAAAAUUUUCAAAGAUCAGAAGUCCCAUAUGUAUAACACAGUAAAUGCAACCAUUUUUGUGCAGGAAAUUAAGACUUUUUAUUUUGGUUCUGUGCUUUAAUGCUUGCACUUCUCAAUGUGUGGAUUGUAAACAGUCAGCAGCAAAAUUAAACUUGCUGGAUUUACUAACACUGGAGGGUGCACUGAAAGGCUAGCCUUUAUAAACGUGGCAAGUUUAUGUGAGGUUUCUGCUCUGUCCAAGUCCUGUAGUACACUGACACAGUUCAAAACCAGUGUAAAGAAAUUCUUGGAACCAAAUGCUGUAUUUUUUUUGUCUUUGUUUAUAUUCAUUUACACUUUAUUAUUUCUUGUAAACCAUUCCAUAGUUUAUUUAAGAACUGGGGUAUCUUUAACUUAAGUCUCUCUUAGUUGCUGUCCAGUCAGAAAAGGGAUUUUGUUUUGCAGCUUGAGCUUGUUAACAGCUGGAGCAAACAGUGUUAUUUAACUGCAGAGCUAACAUGUACACUUAGUGGUUUACAAGACUAUAGAACUUGUUUGAAGUUUUUUGACUUGAAUAACUUUUGACAAUGUUUCUUUUAAGGUGACAAAAUAAUUGUAUAAUAUAAAUGUAGAUAGUUGACAAUAUAUUUCUAAUGUUGAAAUAAAUAUGCAUUAAAAUCAGCAACUGAUGUCUCUAGCACAUGCUUAGCAAUAAAGUCAUAUUUUGGGUUAGGAGUGAGAUUUCAUUUGUUAUUGACUUUACAUCCCAAGUUAACAUUCUGAAUGAACUGCUCACAUUCAAUACACUUCACAAAUGCAAAAUUAAUUAGGCAAUUGUGGAAGAGUUUUAACUGUCAAUACUAAAAAUGCUGGAAUUUCCCAAUUCUCAUUGGUUCCUGGAUGCCAUCUUUAUAUUGAAUCAUAGUAUUUUAUGAACAAAUUUUUAAUUAAAAUUUUACCUUUAUUGCAAACUAUUAGAUCUUGUCCAAUAAUGGCCUCUUUAAUUAUACUAGCAAUAAGAGAUCAACCUUUCCAGUACUAUGUGUUUUAUUUGGAAAUUUGUAGAAAGGUUGGUCUAAUUUUGUAAACUGGGUACAGGGAGAAAAUGUAAUUCAGGUUGUUUGCACUGUUGGUUGUUGGCUAAAUUAUUUACAUAUUAUAACCCAAUGCUGGUGAUGAUGCCUAAAGCUGAAAACUGGGCAAGUGCUCUGAAUAAAACUGCUUUCGAGCUAAGAUGUUUUGGUACUAUCAUAUAUGUGGUAGUCCAUAAAUGUCCUGUGAAAUUUAAAAUGUUUAAUUAUUCCUUUUUGUUGUAUACAAUGCACCAAAAUAUAUUUUUGAGAUGUUAUUCCUACGAUAAAAGGAUUCGUUGUAUUAAAGUAACAACCAUUGUUUUGAUGACUUGUUUUGCAUGUUUUAUAUCAUGUAAUGAUCAAAAUAUUUAUAAUUUGUCAAACAAUAAAAAGACCAUAUUCUAACUUGGGUUCAAUUUGUGCUUUGAAUUUUGCAUUGGCAUAAUGUGGAUUUGUAACAAAUCUAUUAAUAUUAAUGGAAUACUUAUGAUCAGUG